AUGAAAAAGAAAGGAGGUAGAAAAAUCUUUGGAUUUAUGGUUAAAGAAGAAAAAGAAGAAAAAAAGGGUUCUGUUGAAUUUCAAGUAUUCAGUUUCACCAAUAAGAUACGGAGACUUGCUUCACAUUUGGAAUUACACAAAAAAGAUUUUUCAUCGGAAAGAGGUCUACGAAGACUUUUGGGAAAACGUCGACGUUUGCUGGCUUAUUUGGCAAAGAAAAAUAGAGUACGUUAUAAGAAAUUAAUCAGUCAGUUGAAUAUUCGGGAGCAGUAA